AGGAUGGGGCAGCCGUCACUAUGGUAACAGCCUCAUCCCCUCCCUCCACUCUCUAGUGUAUUCUUCUCCCUUUCUCAGCUAAGGGGUUGCCGUUUUUGCCUACACAGGUUCCAGGGCAGUCACUAAGGGGUUUGUCCAUGCUGCUUCCCGGGUUAAUUAGUAGUCUCAGCGUGUGGCUGGGAAGCAGGCACACAAAAGAGCUGUUUGCUGCCUGAGAAUCUGGAGCUUCCGCAGAGAGGGAGACACACCAAGGCACUGCAGAACAGCUGCCCGCCUCCCACCGCUGACCAGCGCUCACUUCUGCACGCUGCACCGCCAUUGAAAGCUGACCACCGCAGACCACAACUGGCGGUGGUCAGAGGGACAUCAACGCCGCAGCGAAGAAGGACAGCUUAGUACCGCCGCAUCCCCCGCAGACCAUGGGCUCAUACGCCACCAACAACCACAGUCCCUUCCGCACCUCUGCUGCACAUAUCAGAUCUCUGCUGGAAGUAUGUGCAUGAGAAUGUGCUGUAAGUGGCUGAUCACAGUGCUGUAACAUCACAUACUGAGAUACGUUCAUGUAAUGAUGGUCAUGUGAAGUGUUGAAUAUGGCCAACAGGAAACGUCAGAGCACCAGGGCCAGCAUGCUGGACCAAAGACCAAGAUCCUGCCCUUCUUCUCCCCAAGUUGUAGCCCGUGAUAAGGAGGACUCUGUAUAUGAGGAAACUGUAGUACACGAGUACACAAAUACACCGUUGCCUAGCAGCAGGCGCACCACAAACAACCAAGAGGAGCAAGAUUGUAAUGACAAUAGUGGUGAUGGUGACUCAAGCUCUGACUAUGUGAAUAAUACAUCCGAUGAGGAGUAUGAUGAAGGACUGCCUGAUGAAGAGGAAGGUAUCACUUAUUAUAUACGGUAUUGUCCUGAAGAUGAUAGUUACCUUGAAGGUAUGGAUUGCAAUGGAGAGGAGUAUAUCCAUACUGAAGAGCCGCAUGUAGAGACAGAUGAAUGUGUUGAAGCAGUGGAAGAUGAAUGGACGGAAUCCAAGAUACAGCAGCAACAAGAUUGUAAUGAUGAAGAAAUAGGGCAAGAAAGUCAGAUGCAAAUUUUGGAGGAGGAUAAUUCAUCCUCAUUAGAGGUACAAGACCAGGAGGAAACAGCACAGUAUAGUGAAAAUGAAGAAGUUUAUCAAGACUACUAUCCAGCCGAGGCUAAUGGAAAUUCACUUCCACCAUCCCCAUAUCAUACAAGGAAAACUGAUGGAGAUGUAGAAGAUCAAGAGGAGGACAUUGAUCAGAUAGUGGCUGAGAUCAAAAUGAGCAUGAGUAUGAGCAGCAUCAAUAGUACUACUGACAUGAGCCCUGAGCAUAGUGUAACAGAGAACGUGACAAUAGACCAUAAGGAAAUAUGCCAGAAAACAGACACGGACCUUCCUGCUAACAGACAUGAAGGGCGACCAAAAUCUUUAAAUAUUCCCUCUGCUUCAAAGCAUGCUGGUGACAUGCCAAGGAGUUAUAAAACAAAGGUUCGAACUCCAGAAGAUAGACAGAAGUGGUCGCAAGAACAGGUGUGUAACAGUGUGGAACAGCCCAGGAAACAGCAGCGCUCUGACCUGAAUGGACCAAUUGAUAACAACAAUGUGGCAGAGCAGCAGCAGACAAAGAAAGUGGCAUCUUUUCCUAGUUUUGUGGACGUGCCUGGCCCUUGUGAACCCGAAGAUCUCAUUGAUGGAAUCAUCUUUGCAGCCAAUUUCUUGGGGUCCACACAGCUGUUGUCAGAGCGUAAUCCAUCAAAAAAUAUUAGGAUGAUGCAAGCACAGGAGGCGGUGAGCCGCGUGAAGAGGAUGCAGAAGGCUGCUAAAAUCAAGAAAAAAGCGAAUUCUGAAGGAGAUUCACAGACGUUGACAGAAGUGGAUCUUUUUAUAUCAACACAGAGGAUUAAAGUUUUAAAUGCUGAUACACAGGAAACAAUGAUGGACCAUGCACUGAGGACAAUUUCAUACAUUGCUGACAUUGGUAACAUUGUUGUCUUGAUGGCAAGACGUCGGAUGCCAAGAUCUGCAUCUCAAGAUUGUAUAGAAACUACUCCGGGUACUCAGGAAGGAAAGAAGCAGUACAAGAUGAUCUGCCAUGUGUUUGAAUCAGAAGACGCACAGCUCAUUGCUCAGUCGAUUGGCCAAGCUUUUAGCGUUGCUUACCAGGAAUUUUUACGAGCCAAUGGGAUCAACCCAGAAGACCUCAGUCAAAAAGAAUACAGUGACAUAAUAAAUACUCAAGAAAUGUAUAAUGAUGACCUCAUACACUUCUCUAAUUCUGAAAACUGCAAAGAGCUGCAGGUGGAAAAGCUGAAGGGAGAGAUACUGGGAGUGGUUAUUGUGGAAUCUGGAUGGGGCUCAAUACUCCCCACUGUAAUACUGGCAAAUAUGAUGAACGGAGGACCAGCUGCACGUUCUGGGAAGCUCAGCAUUGGGGACCAAAUCAUGUCCAUAAAUGGAACAAGCUUGGUUGGUCUUCCUCUAGCAACAUGUCAAGGUAUUAUUAAGGGCCUUAAGAAUCAAACACAGCUGAAGCUAAACAUUGUGAGUUGUCCACCUGUCACUACUGUCCUUAUCAAGAGACCUGAUCUGAAAUACCAGCUGGGAUUCAGUGUGCAGAAUGGAAUUAUCUGCAGCCUCAUGAGGGGAGGAAUUGCCGAGAGAGGUGGUGUAAGAGUGGGACACCGUAUUAUUGAGAUCAAUGGACAAAGUGUGGUGGCCACAGCUCAUGAGAAGAUCGUCCAGGCACUCUCCAAUUCCGUAGGGGAGAUCCACAUGAAGACCAUGCCAGCAGCCAUGUUCCGGCUUCUCACUGGACAGGAAACACCUCUUUACAUCUAACACCGAGAAGCCAUAAGAGGAAAUGUGUUAUAAAACCAGAUCACUAUACAUCAACAUAUCAAUACAGACACUGGGCAGACAUUUUGUAUUUUGAACAAAUGAGCAGCAAUUAUCAAUGGACAGAUGCGUUUGCCUUCUCCUGUUGUCUGUGCUUCUUUCUUUUGCCAAAGGCGUUGCCAGUUCCAAGCUAGUUCAUGACCAACAAGGACAAUUUAUAAAUCAUAGAGUGAGACAUUCCAGACUGUUUACUCAUUAUGACUAGUAACAAGGAUAUUUAUUUGUUAUUGUACAUGUAGUGUUAAAGUGUAUGUGCUGUAUGUUUCAUUGGUAAGUGUGUGAACAUUGAGACAGAGGAAGAAACAAUAUACAGUGGGUUCUAUAAGCCAGUGACAUCAACUCCAGGCUUGGCUCGUGUGGAAAUGCUAUGCUAUGGCGGUCCCAUUAAACAAAGUCUUGAUAAUCCAA